UGCAAUGUGGUCUUGUAUAGCCGGAGAAAGUCCCUAAGAACAUCAAAACCCGCUCCGCAUACGUUUGACGGCACGGAAUAGUGUAUUUCCAUUCGGCUCGUUUAAAAUGCGAUGAGCAGGGGUCGCGGAAAGGUCAAGAACAGUGAAUCGGACAUGGACAUAGCCCGGUGCUCGAUCUGCGGUACUCAGCAACAGCUGCUACGCUGCGCCAAGUGCAAGACCGUCUACUACUGCUCGCCCGCCCACCAGCUGCUCGACUGGCCAUCUCAUCGCCAGGACUGCCGCCUGCUGGCCCGGCAGCGGGCCGCCAGCAACAACAACAAGCCACCGAUGCAGCAACAGCAACAGCAGCUCCAGCAACUGCAACAAGCCGUGGCGGCAACCACCUUGGAGGGCAGUGGCAGUGUGAGUGGCGCUGGCGCCAAUUGCUCCACUGCUCAGAUGAUGACACCCGCCCAUCAGGCCCAGAGCUGGCCGGCGGAGGUGGACAAUAUCCUGAAUCUACUGGGCCAACCGAGUCAGGCCCAGGCAGGCGAUGGCCACAAGCAGCAGCAGCACCAGCACCAUAGCCACCAUGGAGAGAAGAGUUCCAGCUACCAAAUCGGGCUGGCGGAUUCCAGCUUCAUGGGAUCGGGAAGUGAACGACGCUAUGAGGACCUCUGCCGAAACAUCAUCAGCGACAUGAACCAGUACGGCCUGUCGGUGGUGGACGACUUCCUGGGCAUGGAGACGGGCCUGAAGAUCCUCAACGAGGUCGGCAGCAUGUACAACGCCGGGGCCUUUCAGGACGGGCUGGUGCACAACCAAAAGCCCGAUGCUCCCUCCAUAGCGGUGCGCGGGGACAAGAUUCGAGGCGACAAAAUAAAGUGGGUCGGCGGCAAUGAGCCGGGCUGCAGCAACAUCUGGUAUCUCACCAAUCAGAUCGACUCUGUGGUGUAUCGGGUGAACACAAUGAAGGACAAUGGCAUUCUCGGCCAGUACCACAUCAGGGAGCGCACGAGGGCGAUGGUGGCUUGCUAUCCCGGCUCCGGCACUCAUUACGUCAUGCACGUGGACAAUCCCAACAAAGAUGGCCGCGUCAUAACGGCCAUCUAUUACCUGAACAUAAACUGGGACGCGCGGGAGAGCGGCGGCAUCCUGCGAAUUCGUCCCACGCCUGGAACAACUGUGGCGGAUAUUGAACCGAAAUUCGACCGGCUGAUAUUCUUCUGGUCGGACAAACGCAACCCGCACGAAGUACAGCCCGCUCACCGCACCCGCUACGCCAUCACUGUUUGGUACUUCGACGCCAAGGAGCGCGAGGAGGCCCUCAACCGGGCGAAGCUGGAGAACAGCAAGACGAACAAUGUGGCAGCCCAGAGCCAGGCCCAGCAAGCCGAGCCCGACUCCACAACCACACCACCCGCGCCCCCAGCAGCUGCCUCAGCGCCGCCUUCCUCCAGCUUGCCGGCCAGCAUGUCCACGGGCACGGGAGCCAUGAAUGCAAACGUGUCGAGCCAAUCCUGCGCCGCAAACAGUGAGAUAUGCACGUAACCCGUGCUGGGAAGACAGCGAACGGCAACCAAAAAUGUGUAAAUUAUUCCCAACCAAACACACACAAUGUAAAAAUCUAGUUAAAAACUAUUUAUAACCGAGGGGUUCCGGCCCGAAUCGCAAAAGUGAAUCAAAGCUCCUUUAGUCGCUAAGCCUUCUAGUUGUAGUCUCUAAGUCGUAUCCUUAGUUAUUCUCGCAUUAACCGUUAGCUUACUGCCUUGUCAGCGUCCAAGUUGAUUGUUUAUUAAUUUUAGUUUGUUGCAACUUUGUCAGGAAAGAAACGUUUCCUAGUUCAUUCAUAGUUUUGGCUGCCAAAGUAUUAUCCGGCUGCCGGAAGAGCAGUCACCCAGCUUCAAUAAGAACAGCAACAGUCGCGACGCCAAACACAUCCUAUCUCAAAAUUAAUGCCCCAACGCAAUCGUGCGAUCGUUGGGGUGCCCACUCAAUUAGUCGACUCUCAUGCAUCUAGUUAGAACUCUUUUUGAUAUCGUUUACAUCUUAUAACAAGCGAAAUACAUGUCUAUCAGAAAUCUGUUCUCUUGUUAUUUAUAAAUUAUUAAAUUUAUACAUUAAUGGCAUAUCUACAU